AUGAUCAUGGAGGAGGUUGCUGGGAACUUGGACCAGGAAGCAGCUGGAGAGCUUGUAGCAGAGGAGGAGCAGCUUGAACCUGAGGAAACUUUGGAAGCCUUGACCUUACCAACUGGUCCCAUCACAAGGUCCCAGACUAAGAUGCUCAACCAAGACAUUGGAAGAGUACUUAGCCGUUUGAGUCGGCAUGAUCAGGAGCUUAAACAUUCCACUUUGGUUUUUAACGAGGCCUAA